UCCCCCCGCCGGCGGUGUUACUGCUGCAAAUCCUGGAUGCAGAGUCCUGCAAGUGAUACAGAUUCAGAUAGUUCAUCAACUACACUCUUCUCUUCAUCUUCAGCACUAUCUGAUGAAGAUGUUCAUCCACAUGAGAAGGAUAACAGAUCUUACUGUCUUAGGACAAAGGAUGAGUUGCCUAUUGAUAAAUUGCCUCCUGUUGAAGACUUAUCAAUAAUUCUUCCAGAUAAUGUUGAACUGAAGCUCUUUGGGACAGUUUCCAGUGUCGUUGAGCAGCUAGUAAUAAUUGAAUCACUGAGAGGCCUACCUCCAGUAAAUGAGGAAAGCAUAAUUUUUAAAGAAGAUCGGCAAGCAGUAGGAAAGAUAUUUGAGAUAUUUGGUCCUGUUUCACAUCCUUUUUAUGUGCUAAGAUUUAACAGCUCUGAGCAUAUCAAAGAGAAGGGUAUUAAUGUGCAAGAUAGCAUGUAUUUUGCUCCAUCAGUAGAAGACUUCACCCAGUAUAUAUUUGCAGAAAAACUAAAACAGGAAAAAGGUUCAGAUGCAUCUUGGAAGAAUGACCAAGAACCACCACCUGAAGUUUUGGAUUUCAGUGAUGAUGAAGUAGAAAGAGAGGCAAAACAGAAGAAAAAGAAGGCUCAAAGUCAAGGAAGGAAGAAAGUCAGAUCAGACACGCUUCCAUCAAGUGAGAAUAAAGAACUUCAUCACUCAGUGCAACAGCCUGCUUCAAGUUACUCAAGGGGGUACCGUGGCAGAGGGUUCUCCAGGGAUCUGUUUCCUCCUCCAUCUGGCCCUCGAGGGUUUUUCAGACCACAAGUAAGACCACCACCACUGGUCUUUUCAGACAGGAGGAUGCAGCAGGAACCACCAGUGUUUCCACCACCUCCCCGAAGAGAAAAUCCAGUGAUGCAACAGUAUGCCUUUCCUCCUCCAGAUUUAGGUUAUGCCAAUGAUUGGCAUCAAUUCCACCCUCCGCCUUCAAAUAUGAAUAUGAUGUGGACAGGCCCAAACGUGUACAACUCAUCCUACUCAUUUCUGCCACCACCACCGCCACCACCGCCACCUCCUCCUCCAGACAGCCAUCCUCCUCCCUUCAGGCCUUUAUGAGAUUCCGUACGGGUCCAUGUAGAGCGCUGCAGUUUACAGGGAGAAAGAACAGCCUGCCAGGACUGCAUUCCUUUAUUUUGGAGAUGCAUUCUUUUACUGCAGAGGUAGAACAAAUGCAGAAUUUUGUGCUUUAUGGGACAUCUGUAGGAAAUUAUUUUUUUCUAUGUUUGUUUUCUGUUUCAAAAAAAAAAAAGUAUAUUAUAAAUUUAACUGAAUAUUGAGUAAUAGUUUAUUUUUAUAAUAUCUGCUACUUUAAGAUGAUAAAUAAAAGCCUUUUGGAGAUUGGUA